AUUUCCAAUGUGCGGCGAUGGGGCAAAAUUUAAAGGGCAUGCCCAGCGCAGAGCAACGAUUGCCGAUAGAGGUAGCCCGACUACCUCGGCGUACCCCGCAUUUGCUGGGCGCCAGCGUGCCAGGUUACAUGUGGGAUGCCCGGCGCAUUGCCAGCUGCGCCAGCAGCUUUGGCACAAACCAGGUGGUGCUUCAGGUGCCAGAGAUGGAUGUCUUGGUGCUGAAAGCCAUGCAGGACUUGGGGGUGCAUCCCAACCUCUUGGCCGUGCUGGACCUCUUCGUCGCCAAGGGCGCCGGCGCUGGAGAAACGCCGGUGUCGCUGGUGACGCAGCUCUGUUUUGGCGGACACCUGGCGGACGCCAUGGCACUGCGCCAGUUCGCCAGUCCAGCACUGCGCCGGCUGUCGCCCGGAGUUGAGGUUUCCCUGGCCAUCGCCUGGAUUUCCCAACUCCUGAGCGCAUUGGCCUUCCUCCACGAGGGUCGCAUCAUCCACCGCUGCAUCCAGCCCGAGAGUUGCAUCCUGGACAAUACGAGAAUUGUGGAGGCCAACAUGGUUCUUGGCAAUUUCUCACAGAGUUCCAGGUUGCACUUGGACAACGUCAUGAUGGAUCGCCCAGAGGGGCCCUUGCCGGGCAGCGCUAGCUAUAUGGCGCCCGAGUUGAAAAGACAGGCCAUGUCGAGUACCGGGCGGCCCAUCGAAAUCAAGUCUGAUUGCUGGUCCAUGGGUUGCGUUUUUUACCUGAUGCUGGAAGGGAAGCCAGCUUUCAACUACAGCGAAUUUCCCAGUCGCGCACAAAAGGGAGAAUAUCUCCUACCACGAGGUCCCAAAGAGGUUCAGGAGUUCAUUGCCACUUUGUUGCAGGUGGACUAUGUUCAACGGGCAGAUGCCCAAAGUGCCCUGGCAGAAGCACAACGCCUCUGCAGGCAAUUCCCACGGAGCUCGGACGUGGAUGCGGACCCCUGCGCGGUUGAUCUGAGCUGAGGAACUUGCGGAACUUGCGGAACCCAACAAGGGUUCCACCUGUUCCACGUUCCAGCGGAAAAGAUGGGUAAUAUAUAUUUAAUAUAUGGUAAUAUGGGAUGGCAGGUCAGGUUGUCUUGACCCUGCUCAAUUUGUGAAUCUUUGUGUGGAUAGACGCAUUUGUCACAGG